GGCGCCCGCCCAGAAGCGGCGGGGGUGGGGCAGUGCGCCUGCGCACUCGGGCGCGGCGGCGGCGGCGACCUGCGCCUGCGCUCCCUGACCCGGAGGCGGCUUGCGCCUGCGCGGCGGGGCGCUGCGGAGACGGUUGGCUCAUUUGCAUGUCCCCGCCCCGCGCGGCGGCGGCCGAGCUUGAGGAGCCUGAGGCGGCGGCGGGGGCGGCUCCGCGCGCGGUGGGCUCGGGGUUGGAGAAACAUGACAAGACGAAUUGCACAGGAGACCUUGGAUGCUGUGCUUCAGGAGAAAUCUGACCGGUACCACAUGGAUUCCACUGGCGAGGCUGGGGGUGACACUCUCCCAUUUAAAACUCAAGACCUUCUAAGGACAGCCCCGAGAGCCAGAGCAGAUGUGUAUGAGGAUGUUCCCGGUGACAGCAGAUAUUCUCGCAGUGGCUCUGGAGCUCACUCACGAGGCUCUGGGAGAGGUGGUGUAUUUCCAGGACCUUCCUUCAGAUCAAGCAACCCUUCUGUAAGUGACAACAAUUACUUCCGCAAAGAAGGUGGCCGGGAUCUGGAAUUCUCCCACCCUGACUCCCGAGAUCAGAUCUUUGGCCACCGGAAAUCAGGACAUUUCCGCUCUCCGGAUUGGAAAUUUGCACUCCGUGGCUCCUGGAAACAGGGCUUUGGCCACACCGUUUCUCAAGAAUCCUCUUGGGCACAGGAGUGUGGUCUUGCUUCUUCGGCCCUACUGGGGGACUUCGGCUCUUCCAGGCUAGUUGAGAAAGAGUGUCUGGAGAAGGAGGGUCGAGAUUAUGAUGUGGACCGUCAGGGGGAGGCUGAUUCUGUGCUCAGGGCUGCUGGCCGGAGUCUCAAGAUUAUUGACCAGGAGGGCACCCACCUAGGAAAGGGGGAGACUCAGGGCCUGCUCACCCCUAAAGUGGGGGCUGGGAAACUUGUCACGCUGAGGAAUGUGAGCCCCAAAAAAAUACCUGCUGUAAAUCGAGUGACCCCUAAAACUCAGGGCACGAACCAAAUCCAGAAACCUACACCAGGUUCUGAUGUGACCCUGGGGACAAACCCAGGGACAGAAGACAUCCAGUUUCCCACUCCGAAGAUCCCUUUGGGCCUCCACCUGAAGGAUAUUCGACUUCCCAGAAGGAAGAUGAGCUUCGACCUCAUAGAUAAGUCUGAUGUUUUUUCAAGAUUUGGAAUAGAAAUAAUCAAGUGGGCAGGAUUCCACACCAUAAAAGAUGAUGUUAAAUUUUCUCAGCUUUUCCAGACUCUCUUUGAACUUGAAACCGAAACCUGUGCCAAAAUGCUCGCCUCGUUCAAAUGCUCUUUAAAACCUGAGCACCGAGAUUUUUGCUUUUUUACUAUCAAAUUUUUAAAGCACGCUGCUUUGAAAACACCUAGAGUUGAUAACGAGUUUUUAAACAUGCUUUUAGAUAAAGGUGCUGUGAAGACCAAAAAUUGCUUUUUCGAAAUUAUCAAGCCUUUUGACAAGUACAUCAUGAGGCUUCAGGACCGGCUGCUGAAGAGUGUCACGCCCUUGCUCAUGGCCUGCAAUGCCUAUGAACUGAGCGUCAAGAUGAAGACCCUCAGCAACCCCCUGGACUUGGCUGUGGCCCUGGAGACCACCAAUUCUCUCUGCCGGAAAUCUCUGGCCCUUUUGGGGCAGACCUUCUCCUUGGCCUCGUCUUUUCGACAAGAGAAGAUCUUAGAGGCUGUUGGCCUCCAGGACAUUGCUCCCUCUCCAGCCGCAUUCCCAAACUUUGAGGACUCCACUCUGUUCGGGAGGGAGUACAUCGACCACCUGAAGGCCUGGCUGGUCAGCAGUGGGUUUCCACUGCAGAUCAAGAAGACUGAACCUGAGCCGCAUCAAGAGGAAGAGAAAACCAUUCCUCCAACGAGUGAGGAAACUCAGGCCAAUGCUCCAUGUGGUCUGAGUGAUGUGGUACCCCAGCGAGCAGAUCACAAGGUGGUGGACGCCAUUGACCAGCUAGUCUCGCGCAUCAUCGGAGGCAGCCUGUCCCCCAGAGAGAGAGCCCUCCUCAGGGAGGACCCUGCUUAUUGGUUUCUGUCUGAUGACCGCAGCCUGGAGUAUAAGUACUAUAAGCUGAAGCUGGCUGAAGUGCAGCGGAAGAGCCAGACCUCGGCAGAAGCAGAUGGGAACCCCCUGGCCGCAGAGUGUGCGGUCCGAGCCAUGCUGUAUGCACGGGCUGUCCGCGGCCUCAAGAAAAGGCUCCUCCCAGGGAGGCGGCGCGGGCUGCUGCGUGCCCAGGGGCUGCGGGGCUGGAAGGCACGGAGAGUGACCACUGGCACCCAGACCCUCCUCUCCUCAGGCACCAGACUGAAGCACCAUGGCCGACAGGGCCCGGGCACCCUGCAAGGGAAGCAGCUGCUCCCCCUGGACAGAAGCAGUCCUGCCAAGGCCUGCCCUGACCCAGCUAGGCCCCCUCCCCUGAAGCCCAGCCCAGGAGCCUCAGCAGGACCAGCCAUCUCCGAUGCCCCUCAGCCCUCCUCUCCCAGGUCUGCUGAUGUUGACGUGAAGACAAUGGAGACCGCAGAGAAACUGGCCAAGUUUGUCGCUCAGGUGGGGCCAGAGAUUGAACAAUUCAGCAUAGAAAAUAGCACUGACAACCCUGACCUCUGGUUUCUCCAUGACCAGAACAGCUCAGCUUUCAAAUUCUACCGUCAGAAAGUCUUGGAGCUGUGCCCCUCGAUUUGUUUCCCCUUGGCUCCCCGGAGCCCUCACACCGACGAGCAGGAGGAUGGGCAGGGGCAUGCCCUGGAUCCCAAGCCUGAGGAGGAGCCUGCACAGCAGGAGGCCAAGCUGGACAUCCCAGAGCCUAUGCCUGAAGAAGAGGAAGAGAGAGAGGAGGAGGGGGGCGUCCCCAGGCCGGCAGGAGUCCUUGCCAAGUCGGAGGGCUCCGAGGGCAGCCCCCCUACUGAUUGCAUCCUGAGCGAGGCAGCUGACGAGGGCCCAGCGGGCUCAGCAAUGCCGUCCCAGGCUACACCAGGGGCCUGCUUUCCCCGGAAGAGGGUCAGCAGCAAGUCCCUGAAGGUGGGCAUGAUUCCAGCCCCCAAGAGAUUGUGUCUUGUCCAAGAGCCCAAAGUCCAUGAACCGGUUCGCAUCGCUUACGACAGGCCACAGGGACAACCCAUGUCCACUGAGAAACCCAAGGACCUGGAGUUUGCUCAGCAGAAGCUGACAGGCAAGAACUUGGGCUUCCAGAUGCUGCAGAAGAUGGGCUGGAAGGAGGGCCACGGCCUGGGCUCCUGCAGCGAGGGCAUCAGGGACCCCGUCAGCAUGGCAACCGCCUCGGAAGGAACAGGCUUGGGCACCGCCGGGCAGGAGCACCGGGAAGACACGUUCGAUGAGUUCCGCCAGCGGAUGAUGCAGAUGUACAGACACAAGCGAGCCAACAAAUAGCUCCAGACUCUCCUGCAAGGACAGCGGCUUCGGGAGCACAGCUCGCCUCUUCGAGUGCUCACAUUUCUGGCUUGUUUCCAGCCCAGGCAUCAUCUGGGAACUGAAGCGUUCGGGGGCCUCGGGCAAACCUAGAAGACACUUCGUGCUGUUCUGAAAUGAGAGUUUCAGGUGUUUCUGUUUGUUUCCGGCUCUAAGGAUUGUGGAUGUUGUGAAUGUUGCUCACCGUGCCGCAGUUGCAAUAAACCUAGAGGAAACCA